AUGCCUACUGCGAUCAACGGUACGACCGGCCCCGAACUACCAAUACAACCUCGAAUUACACCGGGCCUCGGGGUCGCUGGAGCGUUGCUGAUUAUUACCGGUGUUGUACUCGGCUUCGUUGGGAUCAAACAUCGCGCGACCCAGACAUUCCUCAGCACAGCUCUGGUGACCGCAUUAGGAGUGGUGGUCCUGAUCAUCUACCUGAUGAACCCACCCGUUACCGAUGCGAUCGAAGGCGCCUUCCUGAUUGCCGCAGUAUUGGGUGGAUGCUUGCUUGGUGGAAUGGCAUUGAUAUUCAAAGAGGUGUCGGAAGGAUUGGGAUGCAUUCUCGGUGGAUUUUCGCUGGCCAUGUGGCUCCUAGUCCUUGCUCCAGGCGGAACGAUUCACAACCAGGUCGGCAGGAUUGUUUUGAUCUGCAUGCUAUGUGCUGCGGGAUUCUGUCUCUACAUCUCUCGAUUUACACGAGUCUACGGAAUCAUUGGUUGUACGGCCUUUGCAGGUGCCACUGCGUUCAUCUUGGGCGUUGAUUGCUAUUCGAAGGCGGGAUUGAAGGAAUUCUGGAUAUACAUCUGGAAUAUCAACGACGACGUUUUCCCGCUAUUCACCAAUACCUACCCGAUCACGAAAAACAUGCGAGCCGAGACCGCC